CGUCAUGUGGGCCUUGCGGGCUGCCGUCUGCCUGGGGAUCCGGCUCCGGCGCGUGGGCCGCUGCGGCCCUGCUCCGAGGGCCCUGCCGCUGCUGCCCUGGCCCACGCGGGCACUCGCCGCCCAUGGCCGCUGCGGCCCGGGGAGACCCGAGGGGCCGGGGAGCGGGGGCAGGGGCCCACGUGAGGGUGGCGGGGGAAGUGGAACGAGAGAGGCCGAGGAGGACGAAGAGGACGAAGAGGACGAGGAGCCGGAGGAGGAGGACGAGCUGCUGACGAGCGGCCCCCUGCUGCCGGCGGGGACGCAGCGCGUGUGCUUGGUCCACCCUGACGUCAAGUGGGGCGCGGGCAAGCCGCAGCUCACCACAGCCGAGUGGCAGGUGGCAGAGGCAACUGCGCUGAUCCACACUCUGGAUGGCUGGUCCGUGGUGCAGACGAUGGUCGUGUCCACCAAAGCACCCAGCAGUAGGCUUGUCUUUGGCAAAGGAAACUUUGAGCACCUGACAGAAAAAAUCAGAGGGUCUCCAGAAAUCACGUCCGUCUUCCUGAACGUGGAGAGGAUGGCUGCCCCGACCAAGAAAGAACUGGAAGCCGCCUGGGGCGUGGAGGUGUUUGAUCGGUUCAUGAUCGUGCUGCACAUCUUCCGCUGCAACGCCCGCACGAGGGAGGCCAGGCUUCAGGUGGCGCUGGCCGAGAUCCCUGUCCUCAGGUCAAACCUGAAAAAUGACCUGGAUGGGCAAAGAGGGGGCUCCCGCUACAUCAUGGGCUCAGGAGAAUCCUUCAAGCAGGUUCAACGGCGUCUCUUAAAAGAAAAGGAAAUCAAGAUUCGGAAGGCCCUGGAGAAACUGAGGAAGAAGAGACAUCUCCUGCGCAAGCAGCGGACGCGGCGGGAGUUCCCAGUGGUCUCCGUGGUGGGCUACACCAACUGUGGAAAAACCACCUUGAUCAAGGCUCUGACCGGCGACGCGGCUGCACAGCCCCGGGACCAGCUGUUUGCCACGCUGGACGUCACGGCCCAUGCGGGCACGCUGCACUCCUCCCUGACGGUCCUCUAUGUAGACACCAUCGGCUUCCUCUCCCAGCUGCCUCACGACCUGAUUGAGUCCUUCUCGGCUACACUGGAGGACGUGGCCCACUCGGAUCUGAUUGUCCAUGUGAGGGAUGUGAGCCACCCCGAGACGGAGCUGCAGAAAGCCAGCGUGCUGUCCACCCUGCAGGGCCUGGGCUUGCCCGCCCCGCUCCUGGACUCUGUGGUGGAAGUGCACAACAAGGUGGACCUGGUGCCCGGGUCGUCCCUGAGGCUGAGCCGGGUCUGUGUCCUCUCCGCCCCUGGCAGGUACAGCCCCGCAGAACCAAAUGUCCUGGCUGUGUCCGCCCUCCUGGGGCAUGGUCUGGAGGAACUGAGAGCUGAGCUGGAAGAGGCAGUUUUGAGAGCCACCAGGAGACGGGUCCUCACCCUCCGUGUCCGCCUGGCAGGGGCCCAGCUCAGCUGGCUGUACAAGGAGGCAGCUGUGCAGCGGGUGGACGUGAUACCUGAGGACGGGGCAGCCGAUGUCACAGUCACCAUCAGCAAUGCCGCCUACAGCAAAUUCCAGAAGCUCUUUCCAGAAUGAAAAGACACCCUCGGCCAGCGAAUCGCAUUUUUCCAGCAUCAGAGCAGAGCAGGCCACCUCCGCCUGCGUGUGCCUGGGCGUCUGCUGCCAAUGACGACACCAUGGUGGGACUGGUGUCACCUCGGAGUGGGCGGCUGGAGUGUCAGCUCUGAACCAUCCAGGCCAGCCAUCAGUGCGUGGCAAGAACUGGUUUCCCUCUGGGAUGUUUCAGUGACGAGGUAUUAAAAGCUUUGUUCUGAGGCACCUCAA